GCCCAAUGUGGGGCUCGAUCCCAGGACCCUGGGAUCAAGCCCGGAGCCGAAGGUAGACGCUUAAUGACUGAGCCACCCAGGUGCCCCUCGUCUGCUUUUUUAAACAACACCUUACUUAUGCUACCCCCGCCCCCCAACACUGCUGUCUGAGGCGGAGGUCUCCCUCGCUCCAGGCUCACAUUCAUGCAGUGGGGCCUCUGCAGCCCUCUGUUUCACCCCUUCCACUUCUAUGCAGCUGGUUUCUGAGGCCCCAGAGGGGUCCUGGGUCGCCCUGGGUACCAACUGGGUCUCAAGGACUAGGAGAGGGUGGUAAGGCAGGCCCUGGAGAAGGAAGCCAGAUCUACAGAGGUGGUGGUGGUGGGAGAGCAUGGGGGAUUUUCCCCAAGGGUGUCUUUGGCCUCCUGCCCCUGCCUCUGUUCUAUGAUUAACCAAGUACUUCCUGACUGUGCUCCUCCUUCUGUUACUUCAAGGCCCUGAGUCAGUAUUUUAACUCUCCCCCAGGGCACUGAGUGCCCUUCAGUGCUCUACUGCUCAGCUCUUCACUUCUCCAAUGCUUGCUCAGUGAUGGCUUUUGGAAUUAUGCUUCUCCUGGGCGUCCUGGCUUCUUAUCAUGGAUUCAACCUGGAUGUGGAAGAGCCCAUGGUCUUUCAAGAGGAUGGAGCUAGCUUUGGACAGAGCGUGGCCCAAUUCGGCAGAUCUAGCUGCCACCCUCAGCCCCUGGCACGAGCUGAGCAAGGCCAAAAAUGGCCCCUUACGUCUGUGGAGCAGGAAGGGUUUCUGGGCCCUGGGAGACAGCUGGGACUCACACAGGCGUCUCUGAUUCCUUCCUCCUUCUCUACAGAGUGUCCAAGUCAAGAGAUGGACAUUGUCUUCCUGAUUGACGGUUCCGGUAGCAUUGCCCAACGUGACUUUCAGCGGAUGAAGGGCUUUGUCAGAGCUGUGAUGGGACAGUUUGGAGGCACCAACACCCUGUUCUCCCUGAUACAGUACUCCAAUCACUUAAAGAUUCACUUCACCUUCACCCAAUUCAAGAGCAGCUCCAGCCCUCAGAGCCUGGUGGAUCCCAUCGUCCAACUGAAUGGCCUGACGUUUACAGCCACGGGCAUCCGGACAGUGGUGCAAGAACUAUUUCAUAGUAAGAAUGGGGCCCGUAAAACUGCCAGGAAGAUCCUCAUUGUCAUCACAGAUGGGCAGAAAUACAGAGACCCCCUGGAGUACAGUGACGUCAUCCCCCAGGCAGAGAGAGCUGGCAUCGUUCGCUAUGCCAUUGGGGUGGGAGAUGCUUUCCAGGAUCCCACUGCCAGGCAGGAGCUGAACACCAUUGGCUCGAAGCCCUCUCAGGACCACGUGUUCAGGGUGGACAACUUUGCAGCACUCAGCAACAUCCAGGAGCAGCUGCAGGAGAAGAUCUUUGCAGUCGAGGGAACCCAGUCAAGGACAAGUAGCUCCUUCCAACAUGAGAUGUCACAAGAAGGCUUCAGUUCAGUACUCAUGAUGGAUGGACCAGUUCUGGGGGCUGUGGGGAGCUUCGGCUGGUCCGGAGGUGCCUUCCUAUACCCCCCAAACAAGAGCCCCACUUUCAUCAACAUGUCUCAAGAGAAUGUGGACAUGAGGGACUCUUACCUGGGUUACUCCACUGAGCUGGCCUUUUGGAAUGGGGCCCAGAGCCUGAUCCUGGGGGCCCCCCGCCAUCACCAUACUGGGAAGGCUGUCAUCUUCACCCAGAUGUCCGGGCAAUGGAGGCCGAAGGCUGAAGUUGCAGGGACCCAGAUUGGCUCCUACUUUGGGGCCUCCCUCCUCGCUGUGGAUGUGGAUGGAGAUGGCAGCUCUGACCUUGUCCUCAUCGGGGCUCCCCAUUACUACAAGCCGAGCCAGGGGGGCCAGGUGUCUGUGUGCCCCUUCCCCCAGGGGAGGGCUAAGUGGCAGUGUGCGGUCAUUCUCUGUGGGGAGCAGGGCCACCCCUGGGGCCGCUUUGGGGCAGCCCUGACAGUGCUGGGGGAUGUGAAUGGGGACAAGCUGGCAGACGUGGCCAUCGGGGCCCCAGGAGAGCAGAAGAGCCGGGGUGCUGUCUACCUAUUUCAUGGAACCUCAGGACUGGGCAUCAACCCCUCCUACAGGCAGCGGAUUGCAGGCUCCCAGCUCUCUCCCACACUCCAGUAUUUUGGGCAGUCGCUGAGUGGGGGUCAGGACCUCACCCAGGAUGGACUGGUGGAUCUGGCUGUGGGGGCCCGGGGACAGGUGCUGCUACUCAGGACUCGACCAGUGCUGAAUGUGGGGGUGGCCAUGAGAUUCAUGCCCUCGGAGGUGGCAAGGGAUGUGUACCAGUGCUGGGAAGACGUGCCGUCCACCCUGGAAGCUGGGAGUGCCACAGUCUGUAUCACUAUCCACAAAAGCUCACUGGACAAGCUAGGUGAUGUCCAAAGUUCUGUCAGGUAUGAUCUGGCAUUAGACCCAGGCCGUCUGAUUUCUCGUGCCAUUUUUGAUGAGACCAAGAACUGGACUUUGACUCGAAGAAGAACCCUGGGAAUGGGAGAUUACUGUGAAACCGUUAAACUGCUUUUGCCAGUAAGGACUUGGGGUUCUGGGAGAGGGAGGGGGAGAAGGAGUCCAAGGUUAUUCCAACCCCAUCAGCGCCUGCUGCGCUUGGCAUGUGAGGGAGCACUCACUGGGAAUGAGGACCUGAAGAGCAGCAGCUGUAGCAUUAACCACCCCAUCUUCCAAGAGGGCUCUCAGGGCACCUUCAUAGUCACAUUUGAUGUCUCCUACAAGGCCACCCUGGGCAACAAGUUGCUUCUGAGGGCCAAUGCAAGCAGUGAGAAUAAUAAGCCUACAACCAGCAAGACCACCUUUCAGCUGGAGCUCCCGGUGAAAUAUGCUAUCAACAUGGUGAUCAGCAGAUUUCGAGAGAACUGCUCCAUCGCUGACUGCCUGAGGUUCCGCUGCGACCUCCCCUCCUUUGGCAUCCAGGAGGAACUGGACUUCGUCCUGAAGGGCAACCUCAGUUUCGGCUGGGUCAGCCAGACACUGCAGAAGAAGGUACUGGUAAUGACUGUGGCUGAAAUCACGUUCAACAGAUCCGUGUACUCCCAGCUGCCAGGGCAGGAGGCAUUCUUGAGAACUCAGACGGCGAUGGUGCUUGAAGCUUACGAGGUCUAUGAUCCUGUUCCCCUCAUUGUGGGAAGCUCUGUGGGAGGACUGCUGCUGCUGGCUCUCAUCACAGCCAUCCUAUACAAGCUUGGCUUCUUCAAACGUCGGUACAAAACAAUGCUGGAUAAGAAAGCUGAAGACACUGCGACAUUCAGUGGGGAGGAUGCCAGCUGUGAGACCCCGGAUUUGCCUUUGUCCUAAUAAUCCACUUUUCUGUUUGUCUCUACCCCCACGGACUGGUCUUGCCUUUGCCUACAAAUCUACUUCCAUGGGGAAAAUGUCUGUAUAGACCUCAGCUGGUCUGAACAACGUAUCAGGUGCUAAGCCAACUUCUCAAGGCAUCGAAAGGUUUUUAUGUUUUAACAUAUUUGUCAGCGCUUCGGUAAUGCUCGCUUUUGACAGACGCAAACAUGCAGCCAGCAUGAGUUUUCAUAUAUAUGAAGAAUCGCCACAUUAAAUGAGGAUGUUUAUAACACAUUCUUCUUGUAAUGAAAGAGCUUUAAUUCAGGGACCUGAGUCCUGUUUUGGAAGAGUUGGGGGAACCUGCUUGUGGGCCCAGAAAACAUUCUCUCACUUUUUCGGGUGACUGAGGCCUGAGAGAAUCUUUCCUUAAUGGUUCUAUGAGUAGUAUCAGGGGAGAAGCUAAGGAAGGAACUCUGUGCGUUGCUCAUGGAGUUCAGCACAGGCUUCAAGCUCCUCGUAAUGGCAAAUGAGCGGACUGUCCCAGGAGGGGAAUGAAAUGCCCUGAACUUGUCGGAACCAAUAUCUCCCUUGAAUGAGGUUCCCAAUGACUGGGAGAGCCAGGCUUUCAAAAAGGAGCAUCUGAUGUCCCAAACCAAUAGAGAAGACUGAUUAAGGGUGGGCAGGGAGAAUGGCUGACUUAUUCCAAAUCCAAAAUUAGGGAAGGAAGCCGCACACAUAGGGCUGGAGGUCCUCUGUUUGAAAUCAAGGUUGUCUCCAGAAAGCCAGAAUUCACAGAUAUGUCAGUGUGUGUCAGGCAAAAAGUGGUCGCAGCCCUGAGUUCCCAGAGGGCCUCCAAGGAGAGGCCUCAUUUAAGUCAUUUAAUCUCCGAGAAUCUCAAUUCCUCCUCUCGAGAGGGGGAACCAAAAUUAUAUCUUGUUCCCAGAGUUACUGUGAGGAUUCGGUGUUAUGUGAAAGACCCUGACAGCCCAGAGCCCUAAUUAUUAAUAGGUAAGAGAAAAGAAGGGGGGGUGGGGAUCUCCCACCUAGC